UGCAGGUGAAAAAUCAGCUCAAAUCUUAUUUAGAAUCUUUUCAAAUUGUCGAUGACUUUAACUUUUUUUCUCCUUUUUUCUUCUUUAGAAAAUCAUAAUCCUAAUGAGGGAGAUGGAAAGACGGAGCACCGUACGGUGGGUAAAACAGAGUCACUACCCCGGCUCAAGGUGAAGAGUCGUCGGAUCCGCACCGCCUUCACCCCGGAACAGCUGCGGGUUCUGGAGUUCAGCUUCCAGAGAAGCCACUACCUGUCGGUGCUGGAGCGUCACACCAUCGCCGCGGCCCUCCGCCUGUCCGAGACUCAGGUCAAGAUCUGGUUCCAGAACCGACGCACCAAGUGGAGGAAGGAGACCGUGACCCUGCGGGGAAAGGAGGAGGAAGAGGAGCAGCGCGGCUUCAUCCCGGCGUUCCCGUCCCACCCUGCGGUCUGCGCGGCUCUAACCUGCGGGCCCCUGUACCAGCAAGGCCCCCGGCUCCAGCUGGUUCCUACGCUGCCUCUCAUGCCCUACCCAUACUGUUACACAUGAAACGUAAUAGGAACUCCAGCUUGAAAUGGGCCAGAAUCAGAAAACUCCUCCAGAACC